AGCUUCCCCGGAUGUUACUCGAAGCGCCACCCGGCCUUUAAUCUUCCCUUUUCAGGUGACAAGAAGAGACGCUUCCUUCGCUUCCGCGCUUGCUGAGGGGGGCUGCGUGUGCGCCUGCGCUCGGUAAAGGGGGGGUCCUCCCGCCCAGCGGCCUAACUGCUGCGCCCUUCUCCCGCCGCCAUCUUGUUCCUCUCGCUUCAAACCAGCGACUCCCAUCCAGCCCUGAAGCGGCCACCGGUCUCCGCCGGGAAGGAACAUGGCGUGGCCCAGGCCGGGGAGAAGCCACCGCCGCGUCCUCAGCCAUCCCCGAAAAGCCUCAGGGCGGCCGGAGCGGCCGGGCGACGCGGGGCUGAAGCGCUGAGGUGAGCAGCCCUGGGCGCGCCCGUCACCAUGGAGCCGAGCAGGGAGCGGGAGCAGGCGGCCCCUCGCCUCGGCGCUCGCCCGGCUGCCUUGCCGCCGCAACCGGAGGCCGACGCCCCGUUCUCGGUGCUGCGGCUGUUCUCGCAGCUGCUGCAGCGCCUCGUGCCGGGCCAGGCUGCGCCGCUCUUCUGGCUCCAGUCCGAGGCCCACGCCACGGGGCUGCCGCCGCUGAUCGCCGUCCAGCACCAGCUGCGCCUGGUCGCCUCCUCCUCCUCCACCUACGUGCUCGGCGCUGCAGACAAGGGCUCGCUGCCGGGCCCUCUGAGAGCUGCUUGGGAGGAGCUGCCCGAGCCCGGCUCCGCGCUCUCCAAGUUCCCCGAGAUCCUCCAGCAGGUGCAUCUGCGCGGAAGCAAGGCCGGGCUCGUCGCGCAGGACCCCGACGGCGGCUACCAUAGCUUGGAGGUAGAGGAGCAGCAGCAGUGGGACUCCUGGGCCCCGAGAGGCUCGUUGCCUGCGGAUGGCCGUGAGGAGGAAGCUCAGGAGCACCCAGGCUCCGGGGAUGCCUGCGGGCGUCCUGGUGAGGGAGAUUUGUGCGGGGAGGAGGGUCUUUCCGAGGCCCAGUCCGACUCGGACUCGGACAUAGAGCAAGAUAUUCCAGCGGUGACUAGGCCUGCGUGUCCUAACAAACUGAUCGAUUACAUCCUAGGGGGUGCUUGCAGCGGGGAGGAGAGCGAUGGGGAGGAAGAAGGCUCGGGCGGUGAAGAGGAUGAAGACGACGGGUUUGACAGCGAAGGCUCCCUUUCCGAAACCGAUGCCGCCAGCCAGGAUGGGGAAAACAGUCACUUGUGGAACUCCUUUUGUAGCCUGGAUCCUUACGAUCCUCGGAAUUUCACAGCAGCUGUUCGAACUGCUGGGAACACACCCGAGGAAGCGCCUCCUGUUGAGUCAGAGGAGGUGGAGGAUACUUCCUCGUGGACUGAAAGUUCCUGGGAAGAAGAUGAGUGGGAGUCAAGCAGCGUGGAUGAAUCGGAAAACUUGAAAUUGUGGAACUCUUUCUGUAAUGCUGAGGAUCCUUACAACCCUUUCAACUUCAAGGCACAGUUUCAGACUGCAGAAAAGAAAGGGCAAAGUGGCUUGAAAGGACCGACAGAGACAGGCCUUGGACCCUCACAAUGUAGCAUCUUACUUAGCUGUCAGGUGCACCUGAUUGAUAACAGAGACACUGAGGUUUCGGAAAAUGUGAAGCAUGGUGUCCUUUCUAGAGAAAAGUGUAAGAAGAAGAAAAAGGUGACCUUCCUUGAAGAAGUUACUGAGUAUUAUGUGAGCAAUGAGGAAGAUCGGAAAGGACCCUGGGAAGAAUUUGCACGUGAUGGGUGCCGGUUCCAUAAACGAAUUCAAGAAAUUGAGGCUGCUAUCGGAUAUUGCUUAACAGUGGAGCACAGGCAGCGAAUAUUUAAUAGACUCCAGGAAAUGUUAUGAAAUUAUGUUUUCUAGCACCUUAAUAAAGUAUAAAAAUAAAAGGGUAAUGCAUUUUAA